AUGCGCUCUGAGCACCCCGCACACGAGGCCGACACUGUCAUCCGCCACGGCCGUGUUCAGGGUGGUCUCCAGCCCACGCGUGCGUUCGGUGACGCCGUCUACAAGUGGACGACGAAGGAGGGCGAGCAGAUCGCCGAUGGCAUGCGCGCCGCCGGCCAGCCCAAGACGCGCAACAUUCGCCCGUGGAACUUUACCCCUCCUUACGUUACCGCCCGCCCGGAGGUGACCCACCGCCAGCUCGUCAACAGCAAGGGCGAGAAGAUGCGCUUCGUCAUCCUUGCUACUGACGGACUAUGGGACCGCCUGACCUCUGAGGAGGCUGCCGCGCUUGUUGCAUCCUUCAUGACGCAGCCCAAGCGCGACGAUGUCCCUAAGACGGAGCUGCCGAAGGAGCUCAAGCUGACGACCACCGAGCCCCGGCCAUUCCCCGUCCAGCCUCUGCCCGGAACAGCAGACCGCGCCAGCGGCGAGUGGGCGUUCGAGGGCGACGACAAUGCCGCGACCCACCUCAUCCGCAACGCCUUUGGAGGCGGCGACCGCAAGGAGCGCUCCGAGCUGCUCAGUCUGCACGGAAAGGCGUCCCGAUACUUCCGUGACGAUGUCACUGUCUCGCGUCAUCCGACCAUCGCUGCGUCGACACUCACUCCCGCGUUAUCCAUCUCGAGAAUUCCGCACACACUUUCGAGACCUUUCAUCAAACGAUACUCCAGUCCGCACACACAGCCUUCUCGCAUGGACGACCUCCUCGACCUCAGCUGGUCCGACAAGCCGGCGUCUGGCUCCUCCACUUCGGGCGGGGCAAAGCCGCCGUCGGGCGCUGGCGCAUUCGACUUCCUUUCGAAGCCGGCGAACCCGAGUGCGCCGAACUAUUCUGGCCGGUCGACCCCGCUUGUCCCGAGUCCACGGCCAGGGAGUGCGGCCGGAUUACAGGGACGAAAUGGAACGAACGGCACCUCGACACCAGCCAUGGGCUCUGGUCAGCGCACACCUGCUAUGGGAGCCAGUGCGCCCAAGCCUGCGAUCGGCGGCGACGCCUUCAGCGAUCUGCUGGGUGGAUCUAGCAGCCCCGCGUCUUCGGGCAAGAACUUGAGCAUGGCGGAGCGUGCUGCCAAGCUCGCUGCCGAGAAGGCGGAGAAGGAGCGGCGCGAACGGGAACAAUGGGGCGGCUUCCUCGAUGGCUUCGAUGCGCCCAAGCCCGCGAGCCCGGCCCCAGUGAAGCCUUCGAGUCCUGCGCCCUCCCAUCCCAUGCUCGCCCCGAAGCCGCAGCCCGCUGUUGCGCGUACUGCCUCACAUCUCUCCGCACGAACAUCGCCUUCGCCCAGCUCAACGACUUCGGCGCCCAAAGCCGGCUCUUUCUGGGACUCGGAUAUGGCCAAGUCCGCGACACCCGCCAACGACGACCACGACGAUCUCGAUGACUUCCUCGGCGGCAGCUCGAAGCCGACCCAGGUGAACCCGACCGGCGGAGAUCUCCUGGGAGGUACCACGGGAAGCGGCUCCAAGUCGUCUGGCCCGUCUGAUCCAUGGGACCUUGACGCCCUCGCGGCGUCGGUGCCGUCUGCCUCGGACAAGCCGGCAGAGGAGAGAAAUGACCGGCCAUCAGACUUUGAUUAUGGCAAUGACUUUGCCGAGGACGACGAUGAUCUCCUCGGAGGUCUUGGGAGCACGUCAGCUAUCGUGGAGAUGGGUUUCUCGCCCGCUCAGGCCCGCGCUGCUCUGGCUGCCACGCCGACGGGUCUGGACGUCCAGGCUGCGAUCGAGUCGCUCGUCGGAGGAAGUGGUGGCGGUGGUCGGGACGAGGAACUGGAGAUGGACGACGAGCGUGUUGCCCGUGAGAUGCAGGCGCGCGAGGAGCGCGAGGCUGAGCGGAGAGCCCGGCAUGCGGCCCGCCGCGCUGGUCCUUCACGCGACUCUGUGCGCCGACAGGCCCAGCCGGCGGACGAGCACCGCGACCAGCGUGAUCAGCCGGUUGAUCAGGCUGAGCGCCUGAUGGCCCAGGCGUCUGAGAUCGGGUCAAACAUGCUGUUCAAGGCGACAAGUCUGUGGAACACCGGCAAGGAGCGCGCAAUGAAGGCGUAUGAAGAGCAGAGGAAGGCAUACGAGGAGCAGCAGGCCGCGAAGCGGCGUCCUGCUGACGGACGGCCGCGCUGGAUGGUCGAGGCGGAGGAGGCGCAGCGUGCGGAGGCAAACGGCCCUGGUGAUCAGCAAGAGGUGUCCGGCGGCGGGUUCCAGGACUCGGACGACGAGGCUGAGACGCGGCGUACGCAGCAUUCGCAGACUGCCCAGGCUGCGCGACCCAAACCGGUGCCGCAGCCGAGCAUGACGGCUAGGGAACGGGCGGACCUGCUGUUCGCCGAGGAGCCGAAGCCACCUCCCCCUGCACGCCAGCUCGUGCCUGCGACCGAGGCGCAAACCUCUGCCGCAGCCCAGCACAAGGCGAAGGGCAAUGAGCACUUCAAGCUCGGUCGGUUCACGGAGGCGGAGGUGGCGUACUCUGCUGCGAUCUCGGCGCUGCCAGCGGGCCACAUCCAGCUCGUGCCGCUCCACAACAACCGUGCGGCGACCUGGCUCAAGCUCGGCGAGUCGACCAAGGCGAUCCAGGACUGCGGCGUCGUCAUCGACCUCGUCGGGCCCAAGUACCACCCGAGCAGAGAGGCGCCGCUUCCGGCGGACUGCGACGUCAAGCUCGGUGAUGCGCUGGUCAAGGCGACCUCAAAGCGCGCCCAGGCGCACGAGAUGGGCGAGAAGUGGCGUCAGGCGCUGGACGACUGGGAGCGUGUGAUGGGAUACGACGCCGCUCUCGGCGGGCAGGGAAGCAAGGCGCAGGCGAGUGAGGGUAUCAAGCGUGCCAAGGCGAUGCUGGACCCGACACCGAAGGCGACGCCCAAGCCCUCGAAGCCGUCUACGCCGCGCCCGCCCUCGCGCCCCGCAGAUGUGGGCAAGUCUGCCGCCGUCGCGGAGCUGCGCAAGGCCGCCCAGCAGCAGGAGAAGGAGGAUGAGGCACGCCUGGCUGUCAAGGACGCAGUGGACGCCAAGCUCGACGCCUGGCGCAAGGGCAAGGAAACCAACCUCCGUGCGCUGCUUUCUAGCCUCCAGCUCGUGCUCUGGGAGCCCGUGCUGCUCAAGGUCGGCAUGCACGAGCUCGUCACCGACAAGCAGGUCAAGAUCAAGUACAUGAAGGUCAUUGCUCGCUUGCACCCGGACAAGCUCGCGGGUAUGAACACGACGCCGGAGCAGCGUCUGCUCGCGAACGGCGUUUUUGGCCAGCUCAGCGAGGCAUGGGCCGCGUUCAACCAGUAA